GUUGUUCCUUUAUGAUUAUUCCAUAUUUGACUUUUUGCAAGAGACUAUACAUGGUUUCAUGAAGGAAAAAAAUAGUAAUAAUUCCUAUGAUUCUGACUACUUUAGCUUAUUCCAAUGUAAUUGGUAAAUACUUCAUGUUACUCUGUUAAUUAUUUCCUUUUCCAAUAUAAAUUUUUAGUUGAUAAAUUUGUUAUUGGCUUGUACACGAUAAGAUAUGUAAAAAAGGGAGUUGACUGGAUACAAAUCCGAUGAGUUUCCAUCGUAAAAUCAAUUGGUAUUAGGAGGAGUAGCCCAUCAAGUAUAUAUGUUAGUCCACCUCUCUUUAAUUUUUCGACAUAAAAUCACAUGUGGGUUUUUUCAUAUGGGUAACCGCUGCAACUCUCCAUUAAACUGCACAAUUUAUUACAGUAUAUGAUAGGACAUAUUAUUCUAGCUGGACUUAUUGUUAAAGAUGGUAAUGGUCAAAUAGUCAUCCUUUUAUCUUGUUAUAAGAAUUAGAUUCCCCAUGUUACUCUAUUAAUGUAUAAACCAAGGAACACUCUUGAGCUAUGGAUUUCUAAAGGAUAUUGAUAGAGAAUAUAACAUAUCAGAUGCUAUAAACAUCAAAUCAAGUUUUGGUUGAGUUGGUCUCUUGACAUGGAAUCAGAUAUCAACUUAUCGGAAGUUUACGAGUUUGAAUUUCUUCUACCCUUCAUUACGAGUGGAAUUUUUAGCAUCGGGUAUAAGAAGGGUGCAUACUGCAUCCACACGAAUCUAAGAGCAAUCAAAGCUUCAUCAUCACAUGGGUCGUUAGCCUUCAUCACAUAGCUGCUGCAUGCUUAUGUCACCAUUGCCAUGUGUCAGCUUGCGAUUCGCCAACCACCAAACUCAAACCAUGCAAUUCACCAAGUCACAUUGCACCUGGCAAAUCUGAGAGUAUAAAAAAUGACUCACAUGCAAUGAAACUCAUAUUAACUGUAAAAUUAGUCAUAACUCAUAUCCAUAUAUUAAUACAAUUGUCAUUAACUUGAUGCGUGUGGCCCGCCUUAGGUAUGGUUUGGGGAAUUAGAUGUAUGCAAGCUAAGGCUUUUACUAAUAAUAAUGUUUGAAUCCGAUUAACCCUGUAUUAUGGAAUAUAAAUGAGGCCACUCCGUUACAUAAUAUCAUUUUAUAACGGUUUUUGAGCUUAUCGAUCUGCUGAACCCUGUUAUGUUACCUUUGAUUUAUAUGGAGUAACAACCAUUAUAAGUUGUUAUUCUAACAUGUUACCCAUUAAUAUUUUGAAAUCAAGUAACUAUAAAUCAUUUUUUUUACACUAAUUUUUAAAUGAGACGGUCUCACGGUGAGACCAUCUUUAUUGUGCUGGCCCAAUACAUAUUUUUUGCUUUAUAAGUUAAAGUGAUCACUUACAAUUUUAAAAUAAUUAUUUUUUAUAGUCUUAGAGUGAUUACUUAUAACCUUAAAAUGAUCACUUACGAUAUUAAAGUAAUCAAUUAAAGAAAUGGGCUAAUUAUAUGGGCCCGUCUCAUAGUGAGACGAUCUCAUACAAGACGGACUAUAUUUUCUAUACUCUAUUGUAAAUGAUUUAAUGAGUCAGUUUACUAUAGUCAGUUAUAUUCUAAAACCAAAGAACUAUACGUAACUAUGUAGUGUUAUAAAAUACUAAACUUUGAUGACUUUUCCCUGCACCAUUGCAACGAAAGAGAAUCUACACAAAUAAAGCAUAACAGAAUAACCUUGUAAAAGACAAAUACUUUCUUAUUAAAGAAACUGAUGUGAUAUCUUCAAUGUGAGCAUGCUCUUUCCUUUCUACUUAUAUUAUGUGCUUCUAUACUGCACGUACCUGAGUAACUCAAUAUACUUGAGCUUUGUUGUAGUAGGGAAAAAAACAAUGAUAGCAGGAUUUCAGAAGUGGAAGCCUGUUGUUGUAAUACUUUCUGUUUACUUUGUGAUGGCCUGUUUGAACCUUCUAUUUAAGAAGAUUCUUGAUGAGGGAAUUAAUCACUUAGUUAUAGUCACAUACCGACUGGCAACUGCUGCGGUUUUUUUGAUGCCUUUUGUAUAUUUCUGUGAAAGGAAAAGGGGUGUCAAUGUGCAGCUCACAACAACAAUCUUGUGCUAUCUUUUCCUUAGUGCCUUGAUUGGGGCAACACUCACCCAAUACCUGGUUCUUAUCGGGAUUCAGUGCACAUCAGCAGCCUUUGCAAGUGCCUUCGUUAACUUGACUCCUGUGUUCACCUUCCUUUUGGCUUUACCAAUAAGGCAGGAAAGUGUGAACUUGAGACGCACAGGCGGGAAAGCCAAAGUGUUAGGCUCGCUUAUUUGCACAGGCGGAGUUUUAGUACUGAUCUUGUACAGAGGGAUGCCGCUCACCAAAAUAACUUAUACGGAGAAGUUUUCUCGCGAUGUUAGUAAUAACUUGAGUUUAGUUGCUAUGAGUGGGGACAAGCAAAAAUGGAUCGUUGGGUCGGUUUUCCUUGUGCUAAGCAUUAUGUGUUGGUCGUGUUGGUUUCUGAUACAAUCAAAAAUCGGCAAGAUCUACUCAUGCAAGUAUUCGAGUACUGCUAUGAUGUGCGCUAUUGGUGCUGUUCAGACCGCAAUCUUAUGCUUUUUAACCAAUCGAAACUAUUCCAUAUGGAUCUUCAGAGGAACCCUGCCGAUCUUUACAGUGCUAUUCGCUGGGGUAUUUGGAUCGGGACUAUGCUAUGUUGGGAUGUCAUGGUGUGUUGAACAGAAGGGCCCGGUUUUCACAUCUGCAUUCAGCCCUUCCUUACAGAUUUUUGUUGCGAUUAUGGAUGUAGCUUUCUUUCAUGAACAAAUAUACCUUGGAAGUGUCAUAGGAGCAAUCUUGGUUAUUUGUGGUCUUUAUAUUCUUCUGUGGGGUAAAAGCAAAGAGACAUCUAAUAAUAGUAGCUUCAACAAGCCAGCUGAGGCAGUACAUUGCACUGGAAUCUCUACUAAUGCAAUUGAUAUUCCUCAUGUCACCAAUUCAAGAUGUCCCUCUUAGUUCAUUUUGAAGCAUAUGUAAAGAUAAUGACCUCAAAACAAAAACACUAUGUAAUGGGCUACUCUUGUGACUUGUGAAAGACUGUCUCUCGAUAAGACGACCUCAAAUAAAAAGCUUAUAUUCUCAUAAUAUGUAUUAGAUGGGCUGUAUCUCUUGGUGACGAGAUUGUCUCAUAACAAUUUGUGAUAUGUAAUUAUGCCUAAUUGAUUCUAGUAAUAAAGAGAGAAUUAUUGUUUGUUUUCGG